AUGACGUCUACCGGGGAAGUCAAAAGUGUUUCUGCGACCGAAACAAUCCGCGGACUCGAUCGGCUCGCACCGGAAUCAAGCGACGAUGACACUGUCACUGAUAUCGAGCUGGCACAACCACAAAUAAUCACUCCGGAUGGUGCUCAAACAACAGAAGACGUCGAUUGGGAAAACAAACCAGAAAACCCCCAAAACUGGUCGGCCUGGAAGAAGACCUUGCAAGUCGUGAUGCUUUCGUCAACAGCCCUACAAGCAAGUAUCGGCACUUCGAUAAUGAGUUCUGCUCAUUCCGACUUGAUGCAAGAGUUCAGCGUCAGCAGCACUGCGGCCCUUCUUCCCCUCACAUUGUAUGUGCUUGGAUUAGGCCUUGGCCCCGUCUUAGGCGGUCCUUUGUCUGAGACCAUCGGCCGUUAUCCCAUCUAUGCUGGAAGCAUGCCCUUGGGUGCCGUAUUCGCAGUCGGGGCUGGAUUUUCACGUAGAUUUGGAGUGCUCUGCUUCUGCCGCUUCAUGUCGGGUCUCUGUUGGGGCCCGGUGCUAGCUGUCGCGUCUGGAUCACUCACAGAGACCUUCAGGCCAAAAAGACGAGGGACAGUCUCUGCAGUCUUUAUUUUGAUGCCUUUUUUGGGGCCCGGAUUAGGUCCUGUGAUAGGGUCUAUUCUUGUGAAUCGACACGGUUGGCGUUCGACCCAGUGGGCACUCGCUCUCCUUUCCGUCUUCUGCAUGGUCACGGUUGCGCUCACCGAGGAAACCUUCCGCCCUGCCAUCACGCGUCGCAUAGUCAAACAGAGAGGCGGCAGGAUUGAUCAUUCGCCCCGCUGCAAAACUCGAGUCAAAGAGUUGGUAUUUGUUUCCGUUGUUCGACCUCUCCGGAUGUUGGUAGUGGAACCGAUCGUUUUGUUCCUCUGUCUCUAUGUUUCCGCUGAAUUUGGAACACUCUUCAGCUUCUUUGCCGCAGUUCCCUAUACCUUUGGAAUGGUCUACCGCUUCGACAUUGAGCAAUCAGGUUUGGUGUUUGCCUCUAUCAUCAUCGGAUGUUGCCUGGGACUUUUCACUAUCAUCCUUUGCGAUUUACUCAUUUAUCGCAAGCAAGCCGCCCGGUACGCACUAAACAAAACUCCCCCAGAGCAUCGGCUCUAUUCUGCCAUGAUUGGAAGCUUCGGCCCACCUGUGGCCCUGUUCUGGUUUGGGUGGACAGCUCGGGAGGAAAUCUCCUGGAGCAGCCCUGCGGCUUCCGUUGUCCUCUUCUCCUGGGGCAACCUCUGCAUAUAUGUGAGCGCGAUCGUUUACAUCUCAGAGACAUAUCCUGGAUCUCUGGUGGCGAGUGCAAUCAGCGCGAACACGCUAGCUAGGUAUGGAUUUGCAGCAGCCUUCCCAUUAUUCGCACUUCCCAUGUACAAAACGUUGGGUAUCGACUGGGCAAGUAGUCUUCUCGGAUUUAUUGCAUUGGCUCUAUUACCAGUCCCGUGGGUACUAUUCAAAUACGGCCCGCAGAUUAGGGCCAGGAGUCAGUAUGAGACUGUACAAUAUGGUAAAUGA